CAGCAAAUGUCAGACUAGUGUUUACGUCCGCCGCAGCGAGAGCAGCCUGCAGCGCUAACCCUGUGCGAGUGUUCCGCACCCGAGGAACGCUUUAAAAUAUGCAAAAAUAUGAAAAACUUGAGAAAAUAGGGGAAGGUACAUAUGGUACCGUUUUUAAAGCAAAGAACCGCGAGACUCAUGAGAUUGUUGCCUUGAAACGCGUACGGUUGGACGAUGACGACGAGGGUGUACCGUCAUCGGCAUUGCGUGAAAUUUGUUUGCUCAAGGAGCUUAAACACAAAAAUAUUGUACGUCUUUACGACGUACUGCACAGUGAUAAGAAAUUAACUUUAGUAUUCGAACAUUGUGAUCAGGAUCUUAAGAAAUAUUUUGACAGCCUAAAUGGUGAAAUUGAUUUAGAUGUUGUCAAAUCAUUCUUAUAUCAAUUAUUACGUGGACUGGCAUUUUGUCAUAGCAAAAACGUGUUACAUAGAGAUCUAAAGCCACAAAAUUUACUGAUAAACAAAAAUGGUGAGCUGAAGUUGGCUGACUUUGGAUUGGCCAGAGCGUUCGGUAUCCCAGUUAAAUGUUACUCCGCAGAAGUUGUGACGUUAUGGUACCGUCCACCAGACGUAUUAUUUGGAGCAAAACUUUACACAACGUCAAUCGAUAUGUGGAGCGCAGGAUGCAUAUUCGCUGAAUUAGCGAAUGCAGGUCGGCCCUUGUUCCCCGGAUCAGACGUCGACGAUCAAUUGAAAAGAAUAUUUAAAAUGUUGGGUACACCUACUGAGGAAACGUGGCCAGACUUAACUACUCUUCCAGACUACAAAGCUUUUCCCCAGUACCAUCCUACCCAAGGAUUAGCCCAAGUUACUCCAAAGCUCCCGACCAGAGGCAAAGACUUACUCCAGAGAUUAUUAGUGUGUAAUCCAGCGCUGAGAUUAUCAGCGGACGAAGCGAUGGCUCAUCCCUACUUCAACGACUUGAACCCAGCGAUAAAAAACGACCGAUGUCAAUAGCGGGUCCUCCUUUGAUUACCACCAGCUUCGACUUACAGCGACCAAGACCAAAAGACACUCCAGGAAAAAUUAUUUAUUAUAAUAAUAAUAAUAAUAAUAAAUAAGUAAUUAAAUAAAUAAAUUAAUAAUUAAUUAAUAAUUAAAUACUUACGCUGAUGUGCGUCCGUAAAAUUGUGAAAAAUAUUCGCGAGUCUUAUUUUGUAUGCAAUUGUCCAAAAAAACUAAUCAAUAAAUUAUCGACUUUACCACGUACUCACGUAUAUAUUAUUAUUUAUUUAACAAUAUCAUUUAAAUAAAUUAUAACAGUAAUUAGAUGUAAAAAAAUUAAAACAUUGUCUUACUUCACAUCGCAUCGAAAUGGAACCUGUGGGCCUCUUGCAGUCUUUCUAUUUUAUCUUCCCUUCUUUCUUUCCAGUAUAGCGCCAUAAUUAUCGCGGAUAUCAGACCGCAGGUUCCCGUGAGUGCAGCGGCACUCAGUAAAAUUAAUUUGCUUGGAGUUACGAAUAAUUGGGCUUUCCAUCUGUUGGCCUCGUUUAUCGGGUUCGGUAUCACGACCAUUUGAGAGUUUGGAAUUAUCUGCAGCCACUCCCGGUGUUUUCCCGCCACCUGGAUCAUUAAGAGGAAUUCAAAUUAGUUGGCUAUAAAAAGAGAUGUUAAUUUUGUUGAUAAAUAAAUUUUUAAAAAAUACCCCAAUAGUCAGCGUGUCGAUGUAAUUCGGGGUGCGGCCCAGCCCGAAAGUCGUGUAGGGCAGAUUCAAAGAGAAGUAAGCGCUCUGAGGAAGUUGUGCUGCUAUCGCCUCGCGUAGAUAACCCUCUUGGGUUUUUGUCUCGUAGGCAAUCGAAGGACCGGGUAAGUUGGUACCGUAAGUCCGCUUCUUCUUGCCCAGGGAACCGGGCGAUAUUGGGUACUUGCUAUUAGUGAGACCGGUGAGAACCAUCACUUUGAUGAAGUUCGCGUCGUAGUCGAGGCUGUUUUUGAACGCCCGGGUGUGGUACUGACUGGUUGUCUUGUCGUACUCCACGAGAAUAACGUCCAGCACUCCGUCCUGGUAGAAGUCGUAGAACACGCCCAUCACUGACUCAUUCUGGAAGGGGUCAAGAGCACUCCAGUGGACCUCGAAAGUACGAUUUACGCCACCACAGUUGUCACAAGGAAUGUUUUCUAGCAGGAAUGCUCUUAUUUUGUUGCCUUUGUUGGUUUGGAGGGUCGCAAGUAUGUCGGGGUAGCCGUCCAUGUUGAAAUCUCCAGCGUGCAGAGUAAUUGCGUUGGUGUA